CCAAUAAAAUAAUUCAGACGUUGAAAAAACGCUGAAUCACAGAUGACUAAACUAAUAAACAGAAUAGUGUUUGACGCCUCUCGGUCUUUUCUGUUGAUGAUUUACCUGAGAUCACCGGCUCCUAUUGGUUCACCUCCGACACACUUCCAGCAGGUCUGAGAGCCACAUAAAAACCCUCCUGGAGUCCUGAUGUGGACCCCAGAGGAACCUGAACCACAGCAGACCAGGAAGGACAGGUGCAGACAUGGGUUACCUGCUCUACUUCUCCGCGGAGACAUGGACCCUCCUGGUGGCCUUCGUUACUCUUCUUUAUGUGUGAGUGUUAGAAAAGUGUCUUUCAGCUCUGUAGGUGUGAUUAUGAAGAUGGUUUCAUUUAUACCUGUGCUGUUUUUUUUCCACACAGGUAUAUCAUGUGGCCGUAUGGUGUUUUUAAGAAAAUGGGCAUUCCUGGUCCAAAACCCAUCCCUCUUUUCGGCACUAUACUGAAUUACAGAAAGGUUGGUUUCAAUGAGACAUGACACUCUAGAUGAACACUAAUACAAUCAAUUUAGUCUGGACUGUUUGGUAUCAAGUUGUCUUGUAGAAAUAUUUAAAAAAAACUGUUUUUUUAAAGCCUUUGGAUGUCUGAACUACGUCAAAAUGCUCAUUAGUUAAUAUGGCAAAAUGUAAAGGACGACUAAAGAGCUUUUAAAAAUGAACAUUUAUCUAAAGUGAUUAAUUCACCUCAUGACAAAUGGCAGCUUGUUCUGUGUUGUGUUUUAUCUGUGUUAUCACAUCGUUAAAUUAAAUAUAUAGAGACUAAAACACCCGGGGGAAGUUUUUUUUUUUAUAUGAAUACAUUCAGUUUUUCAAAAUACUUAAAAGAGGGAAAAAAAGGAAAAGAACUAGGAAAGAAAGGCACAGAUGGAAAAAUAUACAUACAAAUAUAUAUUGUUACACAGAGAAAGAACAAUCAUAGUGAGAAUGUGAACAUUUCAAGAGGGUUUAGAGAUAUUUCAGUCAUUUUUGUUCCAUUUGUCCAAAAUCUGUUCUUCAGAAACAUCCUCGCCUACAGUGCCCAAAAACAUCAGAGAGUAUAUCAGACAGGACAGUAGGGGGGAGUUUAUAGACUGAAUAUGGUUUAGACUAGAAUUCAUAUUUAUGGUUUUUUUAUGAUACAUGAAAACUAAAAAUCAUGAUCAAUAGUAAUGAUGUUAACAUGCAUGAAGUACCAGUAACAUCCAAGUUAAUAUUCUUGUACACAGGGGUUCACCAACUUUGAUGAAGAGUGCUUCAAGAAAUAUGGAAAAAUCUGGGGGUAGGUCUGUGUGAAUGAGUGAGUGUGUGUUUAUGUGUGUGUGUGUGUGUGUGUGUGUGUUAGUAUCAUCUGCUUUCCUGUAUAAUUGUAUAAAAAUCAUCGCUGCUUUAAUUGGUUUUCCUUCGUUUCCUGUUUAGCAUUUUCGACGGCCGUCAGCCUGUUCUGUGUAUCACCGAUCCUGCCAUGGUUAAAACGGUUCUGGUAAAGGAGUGUUACUCUCUCUUCACCAACCGCAGAGUAAGCAGUCUCACCACUAACCCCGUUCACUCACUCACUCUCUCAGUACACUUUCCACAUCUUCUCUGAACUCCCUCUUCAUGACUUUGCUGUAGAACUUCUAUCUGAACGGGCCGCUGUACGACGCCGUGUCCAUCGCCGAGGAUGAUCAGUGGAAGAGGAUUCGCAGCGUCCUUUCUCCGUCCUUCACCUCAGGGAGACUGAAGGAGGUACAGUCCUCUCCUGCUGCCUAACUUCUCUGCUCUUUAUUUCCAAACAUGUUCAUCUGUUUCCUGUUAUGUCAGUGUGCAUGACUUCUUCAAAUAUGUGGAGACUCUCACACAGUUUUGGAUCCUCUCUGUCGUAUUUUCUUGAUUUGAUUUGAUACAGCAGAAAUAAUAUAAAUAAGUACAUGUGAAUAUAUGAAGUCAGCACAAUUUCAUGGGUGCAUUGUUCCCAUCAAUCUCACCUACAGCUUAUUUAAAAAAACAAUGUCCUUUGGAACGAAGGAUUGGAGAUAACUGUUUGAUUUGGUUUUGCUGAAAUUCUGUACGGAGAGGAUGGAGGGGGUUUGCCAGAAUGACCUUUGCCCUCACAAUGUUCCUCAUCUUAUUUUUAUUUGCGAUGCUGAGAUUACCAAACCAACAUAUCAUAGAAAAGAAUAAAAUGGACUCAAUAAAAGAAGAGUGAAACAUUUUAAGAAGCUUUUUGUCAACGUAAAAACACCUCAAUUUCCUCAGAUAAAAUAACCUCUGAUUUGUCUUUGAGUUGGUCUUAAAGGACACUUUGUCAUCCAGGAUGGUACCGAGGUAUUUGUACUGACUCUACAGCUUUACCAUGAUGAAGGUUUGGGCUGUGGCAGGUCGAUUCUUACGGAAAUCAAGAAUCAUGUCUUUCGUUUUUGACAUGUUGAGUUGCAGAAAAGAAUCGUUACACCAGCUAACAAAACAGACUCAAGUUUUCUUGGGUCAUGAUUUACUAAAUGUUUACCAAUGGUUGACAAAAGCAGUACUGCAGGUUGGAGCCUUGCUGUUGUGAUCCAGGUCUAAUGUAGUUUGAUGCAUCAGGUGAGGUCCCUGAAAAACUCAACGUCUGGAUGGCAGCAGAUGUAGAUCAUUCAGUUUUAAUGGAGCUCUCUCAGCUCCUCUGUGUUCCUGUAUCACAGCAGAUGCUGGAUCUCCAGGGUUGUGUUUAUAUAUCGCUCCAUCUUUGCAUUAUACAUCUUUAACCUGUAUUUGUAGACAAUGUGAUUUAAGCCCAUACUAUCUUUCCACACUCAGAGUGGUGUCUCUUUAAUACACUGAUGUUGUUAGAAGGGAGAUGUUGCUCUUUCUUAUCAGAGGGAGUCAGCCAAGGUGGUUCAGGCGUUUGAUAAACAUGCCUCCCUUUAGAGGUUGGGUGACAUAUCCCACCCAGGCUGGAAGAUUCUGUUCGGGAAAGGACGUGUAGUUUUAGACCAGACCCUGAAUGAGCUGAAGAAACUAUAUAGAUAAACUCUGUCAUUGUUUUGUUGUCUCCAUCAACUGUUUCAUGUCAUGUUGCUGGUAUGUGGUUUAAAACCAGCUUUUAUUUUUCAUAAAACAAUCACUUUUUUAAGAUACAGCAUUUGACUGGUCAUCUUGGCACUCCUUCCGAUCAAAUAUGGGAUCUUUGUGUGUUUUUAAUUCUCAAAUUUUUAUUAAAAUGCAGGUUUACUAUUUCUUCUGUUUAAUUCUGUGUCUGUCUGUCUGUCUGUCUGUCUGUCUGUCUGUCUGUCUGUCUGUCUGUGCCUCAGAUGUUCGGCAUCAUGAAGCGUCACUCUGCCACCUUAAUCAACGGCAUGAAGAAGAAAGCGGACAAGGAUGAGCCUCUAGAUCUGAAGGAGUAAGAACCUCUCCUGGAACGGCACACUCCAUAUCCAAAGUGUAUAACAGUCGUAUCAUCAGUGUAUUUGUGCCAUUUUCAGGUUCUUUGGACCCUACAGUAUGGAUGUAGUCACCAGCACAGCCUUCAGCGUGGACAUUGACUCUCUCAACAAUCCCUCAGAUCCAUUUGUCACCAACAUUAAGAAGAUGCUCAAAUUUGACCUGCUCAGCCCUCUCUUCCUCAUAGUUGGUACAGGACUCACUGUCUUUAGUAAAGAAACUGUUCAAGUGCGCUUCUUUGAUUUACCUGCAGGUGAACAUUAAACUAACUUUGUUUUUGUUUUGUUGUUUUUUUUCAGCUUUCUUCCCCUUUAUGGGUCCAGUGUUCCAGAAGCUGGAGUUUUCUUUUUUCCCCAAAUCUGUGACAGACUUCUUUUACGCCGCCCUGCAGAAGAUCAAGUCAAAUCGAGAGGCCUCUCAGCAGAAGGUAGACUUUGUCCUGUAUGUGUUUCUGCACAAACCAAGCGUAUCAGCAGAAUCAGAAAACAGAAACCCUCAUCGAUGUUUGCUUUCAGACUCGAGUGGAUUUCCUGCAGCUGAUGAUCGACUCUCAGAAGGAGAAUGACCCCAGUGGAGCAGUACAUGAGAAAGGUAGAUAUGGAGAUUUACACACACACAUGAGGAACACAUGUGAAUACGACAGUGUAUCAUGUCCUGACUAUCUCCUUUAGGUUUAAGUGACCACGAGAUCCUCUCUCAAGCCAUGAUUUUCCUCUUUGCUGGCUAUGAAACCAGCAGCAGCUCUCUGUCUUUCCUGGCGUACAAUCUGGCAACAAACCCUCACGUUAUGACGAAGCUGCAGCAGGAGAUUGACUCCACCUUCCCAAACAAGGUACGCUGUUAGCGAGGCAAGGAUGGUGUAAGAAAUAGCUUUAAUAGCUUUAUAGUAACUCCAGGAAGAGAAAUUCAGGUCAGGUCAGGUUAAUUAUUGAUCGAUAAAUCACAGUUUACCCUGAAAACUGGGCCCUCUGAACAGGUCAUGUGACUGCAAAACAAGUUAGCAAUAUCCUGUUAAGUUGUAAAAUCACAUCAUAAAGUUGACAUUGACAAACAUCAGGAGUCUUCCAGGCCGAAGAUGAAAUUAUUAAACUUGAGUUCUGUGAAUAAGAUACUCACAGAUGAGAUUUGUGCAGGUGAGCUGAUCAGGUAAAGUAAAAAUAUUAUUUAAAUAUCAUUUAAUUAUUUUUUGUUCCACAGGAUUACAUUUUUUUUAAAAACCUGAAAAGUCUCAGAUUUAGUUCAUUAUUAGGUUACAGGUUGUUGUCAAGACUAAAUGAUCACUAAAGGAAUAGUUCACCAUUUUAAAGACACACCAGGAGGAGAUCAGUUUAGUUUAGUAUAAAGACUAAACUAAAAAUAGAUAGUAGCCCAUCAGCAGAAAGUUGCUCCUUUACUAUAUAUGAGGAAGGUUGUGUUGUCAUAUAUAUAUGCGUGUGUGUGUUUGUGUUUGUACAGGCACCUGUGGAGUACCAGGCUCUGAUGCAGAUGGAGUACCUAGACAGUACCAUUAAUGAGUCACUGCGGUUGUACCCCAUUGCUGCUCGUCUGGAGCGUGUUGCUAAGGCAUCUAUGGAGAUAAACGGUCUUGUGAUUCCAAAAGAUAUGGCUGUGAUGGUGCCCACAUGGCCCCUGCACCGGGACCCUGAGAUCUGGCCCGAACCGGAAGCAUUUAAGCCUGAAAGGUAUGAAGAGAAAGAACCGGAGUUCUGCAUACUCGUGUUUUGAUUCUGUUCGUAAUAAUUGAUCGUGUGCAUCCGCAGGUUCAGCAAGGAAAACAAGGACACCAUCGAUCCGUACACGUACAUGCCUUUUGGGAUCGGGCCAAGGAACUGUAUUGGGAUGAGAUUUGCUCUGGUGAUGAUGAAGCUGGCAGUGGUGGAGAUCCUCCAGAGGUACAGCUUCUCAGUGUGCAAAGAGACUGAGGUGAGCCACAGAAAUCCUCCUGAUAUUGAUUUUUAUGGACAAUUAUCUGAUGCAAAUAUUAUUCAUUGCCAACUAGAUUGUGGUAUUGGAGUUAUAUAAUGUCAACACUAUGAUAAGCUAUCAGCCUGUUGCAUAACGUCUCUGCCCUUUGUUGGUACUGCCAGUGAUUUGUAUAAAAAAGAGGUGGAGUUUUCUGAUUAUUAGUUUCCUUUAAACCCGUCCUUUCCUGACAGAUCCCCAUCGAGAUGGACGUCCUAGGCCUGCUGGCCCCAAAACGACCCAUCCAACUCAAGCUGGUCCCACGGCCCGAGGCUGCAGGCUAGAAAUACCACAAGUCAAAAAUGGUAUCAUAUCAUGUUGUUUACAGACACAUUGUGAAUACACACGUUCCCUUUAUUGUGUGUGAUUUGAAGGAACGUUUACUUUGUUUUGGUAUUUCUGUUUCUGCUACUACUUUAUGCUUCUAUGUGUGGUACGUCCGACUCCUCUGACUUACUUUAAUGUAUUCAGGGACGACUUUUAUUGCAAAGCAGAUAAAUGCUACAAUGUGCCAACACCCAAUGACUGAAAAUGUUGCUUCAAACAUCAGAUAGGAAACAAGUCACUGAUUCCCCUGGGCUCUCUCUCAACACUCUUCAUUCUUUUCUAAGUCGAAGAACUUUCUCCAUCACCUGUUUCUAUCAUAGUAAAGUGUGUUUGUUUGUAUCAGUUACUCCUCUUAUUUGCUGCAAAACCUCUUAUUAUUGUUGAUCCUAACAAAAUGAUGCUUUAUCAAACUUAUUUUAAAAAUAAAACUUUUUUUCAUGUG